AUUAUUAUUCUAUUAAUUAGUUGUUUAUUAUGUUUAUUAAUUUUAUUUAUAAUCUGUUAUCUUAAAUAUAAAAGAUUUUAUCGUUCUAGGAUAUCCAGAAAAACUGAAACAAUCAGUGAACAAUCAAUUAGUCAAGAUAUAAGUAUGGAAACACCAUUAUCAUUAAAUGACGAACCUAAAUUAGAACGACCAUUAAGUCGAAUACGUGCUAUACAAAUACUUGAUGAUGAUAUUUGA